AUAAAUAAAUUACAGCCACUGGCGCACGUUGACGACGUCACCACCAAGCGCUCUAUAUUUGACGUAACUUCCCUCAGCACUUCCUUUUCAGCGUAGCGAGUCGAGAGGGACGAGCAGCAAAAAUGAGUAAGGUCUCCAGGGAUACGUUGUAUGAAGCCGUGAAGGAGGUCCAGCAGGGCUCCCUGGCCAAGCCGAGGAAGUUUGUGGAGACGGUGGAGCUGCAGAUCAGCUUGAAGAACUACGACCCCCAGAAGGACAAGCGUUUCUCUGGCACCGUCAGGCUGAAGACCCUCCCCAGGCCCAAGUUCUCUGUGUGCGUCCUGGGAGACCAGCAGCACUGCGACGAGGCCAAGGCCGCCGACCUGCCCCACAUGGACAUUGAGGCUCUGAAGAAGCUCAACAAGAACAAGAAGCUGGUCAAGAAACUCGCCAAGAAGUACGAUGCCUUCCUGGCCUCUGAGUCCCUGAUCAAGCAGAUCCCUCGUAUCCUGGGUCCUGGGCUGAACAAGGCCGGCAAGUUCCCCUCCCUGCUCACCCACAACGAGAACCUGAACACCAAAGUGGAUGAGGUCAAAUCCACCAUCAAGUUCCAGAUGAAGAAGGUGCUGUGUCUGGCCGUGGCCGUGGGACACGUGAAGAUGACCGAGGACGAGCUGGUGUACAACAUCCACCUGGCUGUCAACUUCCUGGUGUCUCUGCUGAAGAAGAACUGGCAGAACGUGCGCGCCCUCUACGUUAAGAGCACCAUGGGAAAACCCCAGCGCCUCUACUAGGGUUGCACAGCUUUUCUAUUCGUAAUAAAAAUGUGGAGAUGAUCCGA